AUGGGUCAGCGUGGUUCUAAGUCGACACCGCCAUCGGCACAGCAAAUAGAAUCGAAUCUGCCUAACUCUGUCGAUUAUAAAGUCGAUUCGCUACGCUUCUCCGUGCAUAACGCUCUUCAACUGCAACAAGGUAUCGAACAUUUGAACGAACACGGCUAUGCCGUAUUCGGCGAUGUGCUUGCGUCAGAUGAGAUCACAGCCAAUGUCGAUCUACUGUGGAACCAUUUGGAGAACUUACCUUUGCCAUAUCAGAUUCGGCGAAAGGAUGCAACAACGUGGGACGUUGCAUGGCCCGGCAUCCCUCGUUUCGGAUUGAUGCCGAAUGAAGGUAUCGGCCAGUCGCAGUUUAUGUGGUCGGUGCGAGGCAAUCCAAAUGUGAAAAAGGUUUUUGCUCUAAUCUGGCAAACAUCCGAAUUGCUUGUCUCGUUCGAUGCUGCUGGCACCUUUCGUGACUGGCAUCUGAAUCACAGGUGGAAGACAAAGAGUGGCUGGUACCAUUGCGAUCAACACUUCAGUGAACUACAAUCACUUGUCAGCGCCAAUGAUCGACAUGGCAAUUACGUGGCCAUACCAUCUGAGCAUCCUCUGCUGAAACAAUUGAAUGCACGUCUAGUCAAAUGUAAAGCGGGUGAUCUCGUGGUGUGGGAUUCGCGGUGUAUUCACUGCAACACACCAGCGCUCGACAACAAUGACAAGAUGGGCGAAAAGGCGAGCAGCUUGACUGACGCCGAAUCUCCUCGACUGUUGCGCAUUGUAGCCUACGUGUGCAUGAGUCCAACAGGAAUGGUCAUGUUCGACAAGCUCGAAGAAUUUCGAAUGGCCAGACAAAAACUGGUAAGACAGAGAGUAGCCUGUUCACACUGGCCGCACGAGCUGAUUACCUCGAGUAAGUAAGACUGGAGUCAAACCAUUCAUACAUUUGAUUCAUUAUAAUUAUAGGCGCGCCACUGUUCGAUAACAAGCAGCCACUCAAACUAACCGCUUAUCAGCAGUCCCUCAUCGUUGGUACUAAUGUUGACCCGAAUGAUGAAGUGUCAAGAAGAGUGACAGCCGACGUGUGAUGUUAAGCAUCACUUUCAUAAUACACACAAGCCAGGAUAUCUACUGUUUGCAUCAGUAAUUAUUGACAGUUUCCUACUAAUUAUCAUUUUCAUGCUUCAUAGACAUUGAUAAUGUCCUUAAUCGAAUAAAAGAAAGCGCCCUUACAUUGAAACCAUCAAAAUGUUUCUUUUGUCGCCGAGAAUUAAAAUAUCUAGACCGUUUUCGGAUAAAACGACAAUUUCUUUCAGUUCCACUCAUACUCACAUGCUUCUAUAUUUUUCUUUUUCACUCUAUUCUCUAGCUGUUUACUUGUUUUCUUACUCUUUUGUUGUUUUUCUUUCUGAGUGCGUAAAGGUAGGUGACUGGCGAGAGAAAAAACAUAUAGUCGCGGUAGAUGAUUGUUGUGAAAUGUUUUUUACAUCAUGCAGAGGCGUUGUAAAGUAAGGUUAUGCAUAUAUCACUAAGUCCUGAAACAAUCAUGAUGUUGACGCUGCUUUAUCAAAUCGUACUUUGGACCAAAAAAAGGAAUUACCACCACUGCAGCUUUUUCACGAUAUCAAUUUAACAGUCUUAUUUUUGCAACCUUUCAUUCAAGAAUUUUAGACCGUUUGCGUCUCAAAUCUAUACCUCAAUCGAUAUUUCGAGCUAGUAAGCAAAAGAAAUCUUUAGAAAAUGAAUUUAUCGACGUUGUUCGAAAAAUCUUUUCAGAAAUCUGAUUCUCUACCACAGCUUCGUAUGAACCAAUGUGGACUCUAUGAAGGUGGCACCUCUAUCUGUAGAGGCCGCACACGUCCAUAUAGAUCUAUACCCUAGUGAAACUUUUUGUAACCAAGAUCUUGACUUUCUGAAUUUUUUCAGUAAGAUCCUGAUUCAAGAUCUUGGUAAGAAAAUAUAAGAAUUCAAGAAAUUUCAAGAAGUCAAGAUCUUGAACAUCUUGUAAUUUCUUGACUUCUUGUACCCAGAUCUUGGAAAUUCUUGAAUCAUCGUUUUG